GGAAGUGACGUCACCGGCGCGCAAGAGUGGAAAAAAACAGAAUCACGAGGGGAAUGUCAAAUGUGUAAUUUUAAGAAAACCUCCAGCUGUGUUUGAAGACGAUGUUUUGUUUUAUCCGAGGAGCCAUUGUGGCAUUUGAGAGGUUAUCAAGUGGCUAAAUGGAGUCAGAGCAGCUGUUCAACAGAGGCUAUUACCGCAAUAGUUACAACAGCAUAACGAGCGCCAGCAGCGACGAAGAGCUUCUCGAUGGAGCUGGAGUCAUCAUGGAUUUCCACACUACGGAAGACGACAACCUGUUAGAUGGAGAUGCCUCCUCAGGAACUAAUUAUACGAUGACGAAUGGGGGGAACAUAAGCAGCUCUACCCACCUGCUGGACCUUCUCGACGAGCCCAUCCCAGGCGUCGGCACCUACGAUGACUUCCACACGAUUGACUGGGUCAGGGAGAAGUGCAAAGACAGGGAGAGGCACAGAAAGAUCACCAGCAAGAAGAAGGAAUCGGCGUGGGAGUUUACGAAGAGUCUCUAUGACGCCUGGUCAGGAUGGCUCGUUGUUACACUCACUGGCCUUGCUUCAGGCGCCCUGGCUGGCUUGAUAGACAUUGCCGCGGACUGGAUGAACGACCUCAAGGAGGGAGUGUGCCUCAGCGCGCUGUGGUUUAACCACGAGCAGUGCUGCUGGGGAUCAAAUGAGACCACCUUCGAGGAGAGAGACAAAUGUCCGCAGUGGAAGACCUGGGCCGAACUCAUCCUCGGACAGGCGGAGGGCCCGGGAUCCUAUAUAAUGAACUACAUCAUGUAUAUAUAUUGGGCCUUAGCCUUUGCUUUCUUAGCUGUUUGUCUUGUGAAAGUGUUUGCGCCAUAUGCCUGUGGCUCUGGUAUCCCGGAGAUCAAGACGAUCCUGAGUGGGUUUAUUAUCCGUGGGUACCUGGGGAAAUGGACGCUGAUGAUCAAGACCAUCACACUGGUGCUGGCUGUGGCAUCAGGCCUCAGUCUGGGUAAAGAGGGGCCGCUGGUCCAUGUGGCCUGUUGCUGCGGCAACAUCUUCUCUUACCUCUUCCCCAAGUACAGCAAAAACGAGGCAAAAAAACGAGAAGUCCUGUCAGCAGCAUCUGCAGCUGGGGUCUCUGUUGCUUUUGGUGCACCAAUUGGAGGAGUCUUAUUUAGCUUGGAAGAGGUGAGUUAUUACUUUCCCCUCAAGACCCUGUGGAGAUCCUUCUUUGCGGCCCUGGUGGCUGCCUUUGUGCUGCGGUCCAUCAACCCCUUUGGGAACAGCCGGCUGGUGUUGUUUUACGUGGAAUACCACACCCCCUGGUACAUGUUUGAACUCUUCCCCUUCAUUCUGCUUGGGGUCUUCGGGGGCCUGUGGGGGGCCUUCUUCAUCCGCGCCAACAUCGCCUGGUGCCGUCGGCGCAAGUCCACGCGAUUCGGGAAGUACCCCGUCCUGGAAGUGAUCAUUGUGGCCGCGAUCACCGCUAUCGUGGCGUUCCCCAAUCCUUACACCCGCCAGAACACCAGCGAGCUGAUCAAGGAGCUCUUCACCGACUGCGGGCCCCUGGAGUCCUCGCAGCUCUGCCAGUACCACAGCGGCAUGAACGGCAGCCAGGUGGUGGGAGACCUGUCCGAUCGGCCCGCGGGGCCCGGGGUGUACUCCGCCAUGUGGCAGCUGUCCUUGGCGCUCAUUUUCAAGAUCAUCAUGACCAUCUUCACCUUCGGCAUCAAGGUGCCAUCUGGGCUUUUCAUUCCCAGCAUGGCUAUUGGAGCUAUUGCUGGGAGGAUUGUAGGCAUUGCAGUAGAGCAACUGGCCUAUUACCACCAUGACUGGUUCCUGUUUAAGGAGUGGUGUGAGGUGGGGGCGGACUGCAUCACACCAGGGCUCUAUGCCAUGGUUGGCGCGGCUGCAUGUCUGGGUGGAGUGACGCGGAUGACGGUGUCUCUGGUGGUGAUCGUGUUUGAGCUGACGGGCGGCCUAGAGUACAUCGUCCCCCUCAUGGCGGCCGUGAUGACCAGCAAGUGGGUGGGGGACGCCUUCGGCAGGGAGGGCAUCUACGAGGCGCACAUCCGGCUCAACGGCUACCCCUUCCUGGACGCCAAGGAGGAGUUCACACACACCACGCUGGCCUCGGAGGUGAUGCGGCCGCGCCGGAACAGCCCGCCUCUGGCCGUGCUAACUCAGGACGACCUGACUGUGGAAGACCUGGAGAGCAUCAUCAACGAGACCAGCUUCAAUGGCUUUCCCGUCAUCGUCUCCAAGGAGUCGCAGAGGCUAGUGGGCUUUGCGUUAAGGAGAGACAUCAUCAUCGCCAUUGAAAAUGCUCGCCGAAAGCAAGAGGGCAUUAUGCGAACGUCCAGAGUCUAUUUCACCCAGCAUGCCCCAUCUCUUCCUGCUGACAGCCCCAGGCCUCUGAAGCUACGAAGCAUUCUGGAUAUGAGCCCUUUCACUGUCACAGACCACACGCCCAUGGAGAUUGUGGUGGACAUCUUCAGGAAACUGGGGUUAAGGCAGUGCCUUGUCACACACAACGGGAUUGUCUUGGGAAUCAUCACCAAGAAGAAUAUAUUAGAACACCUCGAGGAACUUAAGCAGCGCGCGGAGCCCUUGGCGCCUCCUUGGCAUUAUAACAAAAAAAGACAUCCUCCGUCAUAUGGCCCAGAUGGCAAACCUCGACCCAGAGUCAAUAAUGUUCAACUAAACCCUGCGCUGGAGGAGACAGAAGAGGAAGUUCACUUGCUGAACAGCACAACUCUCUGACCCAAGGGUUCCGAUUGAAGAGGGACUUCGGAAUAAAACGUGAAAGAAGGAAACACGUCUACAGGAUUGUUUGCCUGAGAUGCUGCUUUGGUCAAGGAGUCGUGAAUAAAGCACUUAAGUGUUAUCCUAAGAAGAUAAAACUCUCUUGGCUUGUCCCACCUACACCCCUUCCUUGAAUCCAGAGUGUGGAUUUGACUGUAAAGACAGUUGUCUGGAUGGCACCCUUUGAGUGAUGCACAGAUGAGCAAGGGUGUCGUAUGUAUACCCAUGUGAUGUUGAAGUUCAUUAUGCACAGUGGCAUUAUCAGGCCCGUUGCUUUCCAGUGACUUGAACCACCUUAACUACAGACUGCAGGGUGCUGCCCCCUUUAAGGAUUAUUUGUGAAACUCUUGCGUCGCAAAGCAUUUCAACAUUCCAUUCCUAGCUUGUCAUUUUUCAGCGCAUUGAGCCAGGCCAUCAUGCUACUGAAGCGGUCCUUUCUCAUAUUGAGAUGCUGUUUGUGAAUCGUGAAAGAGGGUUGAGUCUUAUUUAAGGGUGUUCUGGGAGUUUCCGUGACAAAGAUCAAAUGGGACGAAUGCGGUGUAUGACUGUCAUGCCUGCUUGAAGUGCGUUAAAAAACCAAGGCGAGCUGGAAGUUUCUGCCUGUAAUUAGAGAGGAGGAAGGUUGCAGCUGCAACUAAUGACAAACUCUGAGACUGUGUGACAGGGGCGCACCUGUUCCAGUAGUGUCCACAUUGUUGUGAUUAAGUUCUGGAGCCAGAGGAAGUGGGGAACCAGUAAGGUAGCUCUGUACACUCUGUUACUGGACCUGUUGUUUUUUUUUUUUAAAUGCUACUUGUAGUGAUAAUAAUAAAUAAAUAAACCUAUACUUACUACUGAUAUUUUAAACAAUGUCGAGAUGGGGAACUUGCACUGUUUUUUCAAAACUGGACCCUUAUGUCUAAAAGGACUGAUAAAUGAUACUGCACAGAGGAUAUAGUCGAGCCUAUUUGGUGAUUUUUAUUUUCACUUAUCCUUGUUAUCUUAUCCUUGAAAACAGAACAUCAGAAAUACAGUAUGUCAGUGUAAACGAUGCGUAAGACGUUUCUUUCUGCUUUUCACGCUGUCCCUGUCACACUGUUGUCCUGAGAGCCGUGAUGCAGGAUUAGAGCAGUGUCAGUGUAGCGAUUCCGCUUGCUUUAGUUCAGCUAGCUAAUGAAGUGAUGUAAAUGUCAGUCAUCUUUAAUGAGAAGUGAACCUGAUUCCCUGAAAAAUGCGGCACAGUAAGUUCAUGAGAUGAAUCCUGACCAAUUGUUAAAUAAUCCGGAGUUAUUGGCAUCAUGCUCUUUGACCAGUACGACCUAAUCCAGUGUGUCUUGAGUAUCCCCAGGAGUCCUGUUUCCUCUUAGUUUUUCCAGCAAACAUGCGUAGCACCUUAUCUGCCAAUAUAACCUGCUAUCUGAAGCUAAAGCGUGGGGUCAGUGUUUUUGCGUUCUCUUUCUAACAGUAUCUGUCCUGCUAUUGGUUAAUAAAGAAUGCAUUGUCUUUAUUAACCUGUGGUGUUGCCUAACACUGUAUUUAAUACAAAUAUUGAUGUUUUUUUUUAUUUAUAUUCGUGUUAGGGUUGCACAUUAUAAAGGAUUUUAAGUCUGAUUACCUUGAUUGUUUGAUUGUACAUUACGAAUAUGUAAAAUUGAUUAUUUUUUUUGUUUAAGCUACAAUAUGAAAUCGUUGUGAACUUUUUUCUGUCUACAAACAAUAAAGGACACAGGAAUGACUCACAAAA